AUGUCAAGCCAGCAGCAUAAGCACCACAAAGGGAGAGAGAAGAAUUCUGGGAGCAAGUGUGUGAUUUCCAUGCAUUCUGGGACCACCACCACUAUACAAGACCCUAAGAAUCCAGAGCAUGUGAAGACAUUUACUUUUGACCUGGCCUAUUGGUCUCACAGUGGAUUUCAAAUGGAUAAAGAUGGUGUGUUUAUUUCAGCUGAUCCUAGUGGUAAAUUUGCAGGCCAGAGAGAUGUCUUCCGUGAUCUUGGUGGGGGAAUUCUGGACAGUGCUUGGCAAGGCUAUAAUGCUACCCUCCUGGCCUAUGGCCAGACCGGCUCUGGAAAGAGCUAUUCCAUGAUUGGGUUUGGUGCAAACAAGGGUCUCAUUCCGAGUGUGUGUGAAGAGCUUUUUCAAGCAAUUGAGAACCGAGAGAGAAACCAAGAAUACCAGGUUACAUUCAGUAUGCUGGAAAUUUACAAUGAACAGGUAAGAGAUCUGCUGUCUAGAACCAAGAAACCUGGAGGCCUAAAAGUAAGAGAAGACCAGCAGCUGGGCUUUUAUGUGGACGGUCUGAAGUCAGUGCCUUGUGAGAACUAUGCACAAAUCGAGAGGCUGAUGGAACAAGGAACGAGACUAAGGACCACGGCUUCGACCAACAUGAACGCCAGCAGCAGCCGAUCGCACAUGGUCAUUACCAUUCAGUUCAAGCAGGUUUUCCUCGACAGAGAGCUCACCAAACAAUCCAGUAUUAAUCUGGUGGAUUUAGCAGGAAGUGAAAGGCAGAAAUCUUCAGGAUCCGAAGGAGACAGACUGAGGGAAGGAUCACGAGUUAACUUAAGUUUAACCAAUUUAGGAAAUGUUAUCAGUGCUCUGGCCGAUGCAGCCAUGGGGAAGAGAGUCUUGCACGUCCCCUACAGAGAUUCUGUUCUGACCAAGCUGCUGCAGUCCGCUCUGGGUGGGAACAGCAGGACCACUCUGAUAGCAGCUAUCAGUCCAGCUGACAUCUGCUAUGAGGAAACUUUAUCAACAUUAAGAUAUGCUGAAAGGGCUAAGAAGAUCCGGAACAAAGCCGUGGUCAACACCUCAACGCUGAUGAGAGAGUCGAGGACAGAGAACAACAAACUGCUGCUCGGAUGUGGAAACUCCAGCAUGGCAGGGCAGCCGGCCUAUCUGCUGGCCGAGCACGGGCUCGGGCCUCAUGCUGACCCGAUGAGCUGGGCGCACCAGCUGGAGCAGGCUCGGAAGGAGUGGCAGCAGCAAUACGUGGCCAUUGCCCGGGAGCGGCAGAUGACGGAGACCCUCCCUCACCUUCUCAACGUCAACGAGGACCCACAGCUCACUGGCGUCCUCAAGUACUUCAUUCAGCCCGGUUCAUGUGAUGCUGGUCAGGCUACUUCAAACGCCAUCACUCUUCACGGUUUGGGAAUUUCAGAAAAACACGCUUCCUUCACAAAUUUGGAUGGUAAAGUGACAGUCACGCCACACAGCAAAUGCAAGGUUGUCGUUAACGGGGUGCCCAUCACGACCGCGACGAAGCUGCAGCAUUUGGACCGAAUUAUUUUAGGCUCCAACAGUGCCUACCUCUACAUCGGGUUUCCCUCAGAGCGAGGCAGCGACGACUUGAGCAGAUUUGAUUACGACUUUUUCCAGCUGGAGAGAGCAGCUGCGGAGGGAGUGAGCGUGGACAAGCUCGGUGCUGUGAACAGUGGAGAUGGGAAAGCAGACCCCAGUGUCCUGGCUGUGUUCCAGGACUACAUCAAACUGAUGCCACUGGUUGCAGAAGCAAAUCAAAUGAGUGAAGAGCUGGGGAAGGGACUUAAAAUGGAAUUGAAAGUGAAGAAUCUGGCUUUGUCAGAUUCCAGGGGCUACGACCUACAGAAAGAGGUCAUGGUGAAGGUGACCAAUCAGAGGACUCACGAGGUGUGGAUUUGGUCAAAAGCCAAGUUUAUCAAUAGGAAAUUCCUAAUGGAGGAGCUUUACCAGCGCUUUCUAGAUGGAGAAGACAGCCACGUAGCUCAGGAAGAUGACCCUUUCUGGGAUCCUCUCGAGGUCAUCCACUUGGGCUCAGCUCACAUCUGGCUUCAGUCGCUUGCCUACUGCAUGAAGCUUGAGGAGCAAGUAGAGUUUCUGAACUGCGACGGGCUGGAGGAGGCAGUGUUGCAUAUCCACAUAAGCCCCUGCUCCCCGACAGGACAAGCAUGUGGUGAGGAGGAUGUGGUCAUUGACCCUUUGGAGCUGCUGGGCAAGAGGAUGGAUUUCCAGAUUCGCAUUGUGCGAUGCCUUGGCGCCAAGUGGCUAAAGGAAGACGCAGAGCGGGGUGUUCAGAUUGGGUACAGAAUUUAUGAUCUUCCAAACACUUUAUAUACCAAGCCUGUAUGGAAAACUGUGAAUCCCCAAAUUGAAGAGACUGUGCAAUUUACGGCCUUAAAUGCAUCUCAGGAGUUUCUGAAUUAUUUACAGACAAAUGCUCUCGUUGUUGAUUUAUGGGGUCUUCAAGAAGGCUGUGCUGAACUGAGCUGCUGUGAGCCAGACCUCAUGAUCACAGGCGAAGGCCACAUCAUGGUGGACACCAAGAAAAUCUCCACUGUGAUGGAUACAGGCAAGGUUACAUCGAACCAGAUAUCAGAACUCUAUCUGAAGCUGCUCAAGUUAGAACAGGAGACAGAGCUCCUCAGAAACAUUAACAGAGCGCUUAGAGAGGAAAAUGUGCUUCUCAAAGCAUCACUUGAGAAAACUGGUUCUAGUCAACAAGCACAUAAGCCUUCCAAUACCCUGAAGGUAACCGGGAUGACAGAGCAAUUGCCAGCAGCCAGAGAUAUUAAUCAAGUGUGCAGCCAGCAAGCCAGCUAUGACAGAGAAUUUGCCAAAGCUCUCAAGGUGUUCUACCAAAGCAUGAACAUGGCAAGAGGGCAGUUUCUCCGAUUGAGACUUUAUAAACCUCCUGAAGACGAUCAAAUGCUUCGACCAUUUGUACACCAACAGUCACAAAUGCUAAAGGACUUUGGGGACCUACUUGAAUCCAGCUUGUGGAAACUGAAAAAUGAUGUUGCUCUUAUAGUGAAAAAGAAGAGGGAAUGUUUACUGCGUGUCGAAUAAAGAAGAUACACCAACUGAAAACAUUUGAGCUGUGAAGAUUAUUUGUGCAGCUAAUGAGCUUAUUUAACUUGGCGAUCAGAGCUGAAUAGUGGACUCAACAUAUCCAACUCUUUCACUACUUACUCAACCUAAUUCUUCUACCAUUUUUAAGCAAAACUCCUCUCCUUCAAUCUGAUCUAAAAUCAUGUAAAAAUGAAUCCGUAUCCAGGGUGAAGGUGAGGUGGUUACUGGAGGUGAAUGGUUAGGGCUCUCAGUUCUGGGAUCGGACUGCCUGGAGUUAAAUCCAUCACUUCUCAAUUGUGUGAUUUGGGGCAAAAGAUGUGCCCUCUCUAAGCCUCUCCUUCCCUAUCUGUUAUAUGGAAAUAACAGUACUUACUGCAGAUGGUUAAUGUAUACAAAGGAAUAUAAAGUGCUUAGAACAGUGCCUGGCACCCAGAGUCAAUCAAUAAGCAUUUGCCAUUAAUAUUUUCACAAUAAACAGUUUGAAACUUCAAAUAAAGCUCUUUUGAUAAAUUUCUUGCUGUGAGAGCUAGAGACAAUGGUUAUUUCACGCCCCUCACUUUGUAUCCUGGCUCUGAACAAAUUUGAUAUUCUACCUCCACUUAUUUUCUGUCUUCACAGGUUUAUUUUAAAUACAUACAAUCCACUUAGCAGUGUUAAUGCCUGUACUGUGGGAUCCGUUGGGCACAGGGGCCUGGGGCUGCAGAGUUUGAGUGUUGGUGAGACCUGCCAGGGGUCAGUCCAUCUCUAAGGGAUCUCGAGUCCACAAAGAAUUGACUGAUGGGUCUUAGGUAAGACUGACAGGCACUGAGCGCUCUGGGGAAAGACUGUGAAGAAACCUUUUGUGACCAAGGAGACUCCUAAUAAUGACAACAGCAGUGAGACUUAAUGCGUGCUUACCAUGUGCCAGGCACUAAUCCAAAUGCUCAACACGUGUUAGCUUAUUUAAUUCUCACCAUAAUGCUAUGUGUUCGACACUAUUAUUUCCCCUGUUUUGAGGCUUUAAAGGUUAAAUAAGUGAGGUUUGUCCAGGCCACUGCGAGUAGGCCGUGGGCUCACUCGAGAGACUGCAUUCCUACCCACCGUGGUCUGCUGCCUUAACAUGCAGGACUAUCCCAGGGAGCGGCUACACUGACUGGCAUAAGAAACCAGGACGGAAGAAAUAGAGGUGACAACCCAAUCCCGGCUCCCUGAAAUAGGAAGGCAGGGAAAUCAAAUGGGAUGAUGCUGAAACUCUCCUGUCAGGAAAAGCUAUCAAGGGCUCCAGGAAGGACUCUCCCUGGGAAGGUGGGGGAUCUGGCUGGUCGUUUCAGCUAAAUAUCAGGGCCCAACAGCUUAUGGGAGAGGCCUGGAUUGUGCCUGCAGCUCAGGUCCUGACUGAGUAUCCACACAUGAACUGAAAAGAACCUGGAACUGUGGAGCCCAAGCAUGAAGCUCCCUGUGGUGCUGGCAGGGACAGGGGUCAGCAAAGCCUCAUGGAAUCCCGGAAAGCCUGUCAGUGAGGCAGAAUAGCAGCGAGGCCACGGGAAGCAGGAACGGCUUCUCCCUCCUGGACCGAGCCUCAAAGUUCUUGGACAAUUUGCAGAUAGUGUAUUCCUUGCCUCAAACAAGUAAUAUACUUUCUGUAAAUGAGAGCAGGUGGAGACUUGAAGGGUUAAAAAGAAAAUUAGAACAAGACACACUUGUAUCUCAAGCUGGAGGACGGGGUCACACAGGCUGUCAUACAUCAGUGUCAACGCUAGAGCAGAACACAGCAUUCACUGCAAAGCUGGGAAGACUGCUUACCCAAGAUUUAGCCUCCCCAGUGGCUCCCAAAUGCAGAUCUAAACCGGAUUCCGAGGCCCCAAUCUCCAGAUCUCCUAAAUGCAAACCACUGGGGUCCACUGGGGAACCUGUUGUUAUGAGAUUCUGAUACGCAGCUAGUCAUGAGAUCUGCUGCCCCUGUAUCAUCUCAUUUUAGAGAUGAUAAAAACUUUUCUAAGGUCCCACAAAUUAGGGCAGAGUUGAGACCAGAUCCAAACCAGCCCUGGACAGAGGAAGCAAAGUGAGGAUGAACUACCACCAAGAGUCUCCCUCUUCAAGUUGGAGAACUUCUUUCUUCUGUAGGCAGCACAGAGGGUCUCCCCACACAAAUAAUAUUCCUAUCUAUGUCACACCUCUCAUCGUGGAGUAGAAGUUUCAUAAAGGUAGUGGCUGUCCUCUUUAUGUAAUGAACAGCACAGAACACUGUGUAUGUGUUUAUUAUAUGCUUAUUACAAAAGGAGAAGUCCUUUGCCUUAUUUUAGAGCAUCGACAGAAAACCUAGUUAAAAUAUGAAAAGUAAAUUAGACAAAAAUUCUGCUUAGGCAGUGAAAAUCAAUAGAAAAUAACCAGCUGUAUCCUUACAAC